AUGGCGGAGAACAACCAAAUGUGUGAAUCUUCAGCAUCUAGCAUUCUAGCUGCAGCUCUACAUUGGAGAGAAGAUCCAACAAGGUACAACAGGCUGAUCCUAAUGCAUGCAACAGUGGACCAAAGACUUGCAGCUACCAACUUUUUGCCUGACUUAGGGGAAUCAACUUCUAGCAGAAAUGGUGAUCCACUACAAUUUCAUGAUGUUCAGGAUGGUAAAUCAGGAUGCUCCAAUAGUGUUAUCAGGAGAGAGGUUGGCAAAUCAACUUUUGGUGACAUGGAUAAUUCUUUGCGAACUGCAUCCCAAAUACUGUCCAUCAUGAAGCUCCCAUCAGAAGCAAGAAUUUCCCAAAGCUCUCAAUCUGGACAAACACAUUAUUCUUUAGCAUCUUCUGAGGCAAGGAUAGCUUUGGAUGCAAGUUGUAGAAGGAACUCAGUGGUCAAUGAUUCAAACAGAAAUUUUGAUGGUAGUGGGAACUCUGGACUAUCUCGCUUUGCUACCCAGCUUCGUACAUCAAUACAAUCAUGCUUGAACUUACAAACUCUGCCGCGACUGAACUCAGUAAGGGCUCAUCAGUGGGGCAAAUCAUCAGGGAACAGUGAUCCAACUUAUGAUCGUCAGACCUUCAUGAAACCAGCAGCUUUUGAGCGUCAGGAUUUGGCCAUGUUCAAUAUCCCAGCAUCUGAUAUGUCCAAUGCAGAUGAACAGAAACUAGACUCAAGCAGUCAGCACACUGGAAGUUCUAGUGGCACAGAAAGCUGCUGUAAUAUUGGUACCGACCCAGGCUUACAAGAAGACAAGAGUCAAUCAGCAAACCAGCUAAGCACACAGAACAAUAUAGCGGAUGGGAAAUGCGAUGGCCCCGCCCCUGCAUCUUCAUACACCCUGACAUGUAAAGAUCCCAAGAUUCAGGAGCUAGUAGAUGACUGCCCUUCGUUCGACCUUGGCUUCUAAGCAUAAGGAGCUGAGAAAUAGCAGCUCACUCCGUAGACUCGGGGUUUACAGGAUAUACAAGAAAGAGGGGCUAUAUAGGCCUAUAUAGUUACAACACUGAAUAUAUGUAUAUACGGUUAGCAGUCAUAGCGUAGCCUGGGGCCUGGGCUGUUCGCAACAUAUAGUUUCCAGCGAGCUAAGCAUGAUUUAAAUUUCCCAUCUACAGUUUGAAAUUCGAAUUGCCUCAUCGAUUUGUCGAUGGUAUGCUAGAGUCAGUAAUAACUGAACGAGGUAGCAAUAGCCUGUGGUGUUUGGUUCA